AAUGAGUUGCAGAACCUCACAUUUUUAUUUGCAUACCUGGAUCAGUUUAAGAGUGAACCUCAGUGGACUUUGCUUUACAGUGUGUAUCAUCUUGGUGUAUCUGCACUAUGGUGUGGAGCGUUUUGUGGAUUUCGGCUCAGGUGCUGGUGUUUACGAGCCUCCUGGUGCCAGGCUCAGGGCGCGUCUUGAAUGAGGGAGAAAAAUGUGGAGGCGGCAUUAGGGACACGUGUGAUUCUGGUCUUAUCUGUCAGCCUAUCAAGCACCAUCCCAUUUUAUUCUUCGCUGAAGGAGUGUGCUCCAGAGGUGUAAGUUGUAACUGUUCUGAGGUCGAAUGCCCACCAUGGCGCAGUUCCUGUUACAGCCGCAUGGUGACUGAUCCGUGUGGGUGUUGUGCACACUGCCCCAAGCGAAAAGGCGAGGUGUGCGGUGGGCCGAGCUGGAGAUACGGUAACUGUGUUUCAAAUUUGGUUUGCGCCGUCGUUGUGGGGCUCGAACCGGUCACACCUCCACAGUUAGGCGUGUGCAAAGCGGUGCCAAAACAUCUUAAAAAGAUCUUCCCUGUUCAUCUUUGUCCUGUUAAAUACGGUUGCAACGUGCAUGUUGGAAAUUGUGAUUGUUAUACAGACCAGGCCUGUGAUGCAUCAUUCUCAUAUAGCACCUAUGAAGCCUGCUAUAAAGAUUUAAUGGGGGACUGGAUGUAUGACCCCGAUGAAAGCAAACCUAUCGAACCAGCACGACCCGUGCCACCGUGUAUGGAGUGGCGAUGUAUAGUUCAGGGCUGCGAGUGUGUGUGCAAGAUGAUGCCGUGUAUUUACAGAAAACAACUCUACGAGCCUGAAUGCUGUAGAAUACUAAACUCCUUCAUCACUCAGCCCCACUCUGAACCUGGGCAGUGUUGCCCUAAUAUCUCUGCUAUGUGCACCUGCGACUUCCAGACCUGCCCUCCGAAACCUGAUUACUGCCCCCUGGGGGAACUUCCUGAAGUUGUCGAGAAGGGCAACGGCCACCCGGGGACCUGCUGUGACCGUUAUGAGUGUGUGAAACAAAAUUUUAAUUAG